UUUGGAGAUGAGGAAGAUAAGGUGCAGAAAUGGAGGGAUGCUUUACGUCAAGCUGCUAAUAUGUCUGGAUGGCAUUUCAAACCGGGAAAUGUCAGUGUUACGAAACUUACAAUAGCUCGAGUGCAGUGGAGCAAGAGUGUGUGUCCUUUGAGCUUCACUCAUUCGUCAGUUGAGUCGUUCCUAUAAAAUGGAUUGUACGCAGCGGUGAAACAUAACAUUGUACUCUGCAAGCCUAAGUACGGCACAAGUUUGGUCUAGUUUAAUUUUUCUCAAUUAGUCAUUUGAUGUGUUAUAUUUUUGUAAAACAUUCAUUAAUCGAAAAAAAUACAAUAACCACUCUGCUAUCAGAGAUAUAGGCACGAUUGACCGAACUCUGUGAUCAAUUGCUAGCGCUGUUUGUCUGUAUUAUCUUUAGAACCAUACCUUUUGUCCUAACAUAUUCAUUCUAAGAAAAGUUUUUCCCUAAUGACACAUGGUAAAAUUUCACACAUCUGUUUUCCAUUAUUUUUCCUGACAUUCGUGCAAUCUCGAAUGGAUUAUAUAAAUCUAGUUAAAGGAAAUAUUGUGAAGUAAUUAUUUGCUAUAUGAUUAGUUUUUGGUUGAAGCACAUUCAACGACUCUGUUUCAAUUUACAUGUAUGUGCAGGUCUGAAUCAGAAUAUAAGUUUAUUGGAAAGAUAGUUGAAGAGGUUUCUAUAAAGAGCAGCUGUAUUCCUUUCCAUGUUGCUAACUACCCAGUUGGGUUGGAGUCUCGGAUGUUAGAAGUGACAUCUCUACUAGGACUUGGGUCUGAUGAGAGAACAAACAUGGUAGGCAUUUAUGGAAUCGGCGGAAUAGGCAAAUCAACAACUGCUCGUGCUGUGCAUAACUUGAUCGCUGACCAAUUUGAAAGUGUGUGUUUUCUUGCUGGCAUAAGAGAGAGGGCGAUUAAUCAUGGUCUAGCUCAUCUCCAAGAAACACUACUUUCUGAAAUACUUGGCGAGAAAGAUAUUAAAGUGGGAGAUGUUUAUAGAGGAAUUUCAAUAAUUAAAAGAAGGCUUCAAAGAAAGAAAGUCCUUUUGAUUCUUGAUGAUGUGGACAAAGUGGAGCAUUUACGGGCACUUGCAGGAGGACAUGAUUGGUUUGGACUUGGCACCAAGAUAAUCAUCACUACAAGAGACAAGCAUUUGCUGGCAACUCAUGGGAUUGUGAAAGUGUACAAGGUUAAAGAGCUAAACAAUGAAAAGGCUUUUGAAUUAUUUAGUUGGCAUGCAUUUAAAAAUAAAAAAAUUGAUCCAUGUUAUGUGGAUAUUGCAAAACGCGCAGUAUCUUAUUGUCAUGGUCUUCCCUUGGCUUUGGAGGUGAUAGGUUCUCACUUGUUUGGUAAAAGUUUAGAUGUAUGGAAAUCUUUGCUAGAUAAAUAUGAAAGAGUCCUUCGUAAAGACAUCCAUGAAACUCUUAAAGUUAGCUAUGAUGAUUUGGAUGAAGAUGAGAAGGGUAUUUUUCUAGACAUCGCUUGUUUCUUCAAUUCUUAUAAAAUAGGCUAUGUCAAAGAAAUACUAUACUUACAUGGUUUUCAUGCGGAUGAUGGCAUACAAGUGCUAACUGACAAAUCUCUGAUUAAAAUUGAUGCCAAUAGUUGUGUGAGAAUGCAUGACUUGAUUCAAGGCAUGGGCAGAGAAAUUGUGAGGCAGGAAUCAACAUUAGAGCCUGGAAGACGCAGUAGAUUAUGGUUUAGUGAUGACAUUGUUCAUGUUUUGGAAGAGAACAAGGGAACUGAUACAAUUGAAGUCAUAAUCGCCAACUUGUGCAAAGACAGGAAAGUGAAAUGGUGUGGAAAAGCCUUCGGGCAGAUGAAGAACUUGAGAAUUCUAAUAAUUAGAAACGCACGAUUUUCCAGAGGUCCUCAAAUUCUUCCAAAUAGUUUGAGAGUGCUUGAUUGGAGUGGACAUGAAUCAUCCUCCUUACCAUCUGAUUUUAAUCCCAAAAAUCUUGUAUUACUUAGCCUGCGUGAAAGUUGCCUUAAACGGUUCAAAUUACUCAAUGUUUUCGAGACAUUGAUUUUUCUUGAUUUUGAAGACUGCAAGUUCCUAACUGAAAUACCUAGCUUAUCUAGAGUACCAAAUUUGGGGUCAUUAUGUCUUGAUUACUGCACUAAUUUAUUUAGAAUCCAUGAUUCAGUUGGGUUUCUCGACAAGCUUGUGUUAUUAAGCGCUAAAAGAUGCAUCCAACUACAAAGUUUGGUUCCCUGCAUGAACUUGCCAUCUCUAGAGACAUUAGAUCUUACAGGUUGCUCGCGUCUUGAGAGCUUCCCAGAAGUACUAGGAGUGAUGGAGAAUAUAAAAGAUGUUUAUUUAGAUGGGACUAACCUAUACCAAUUGCCUGUCACAAUUGGAAAUCUUGUUGGGCUCAAACGUUUGUUCUUGAGGAGCUGCCAAAGGAUGAUUCAGAUACCAAGCUACGUAUUGCCAAAAGUUGAGAUAGUAAUAUCGCAUCAUCGUAGGGCAGUUCGAUCAUCAAAUUAUGCAGAAAAAGUGAGUCCAAAAGUGUCUACAAAUGCCAUGUGUGUUUAUAAUGAAUACGGGAAGUCCUUCCUUAAUGUGUAUUCUCUUAAUGUGAGUUCCAACAAUGUCAUAGAAGUAUGUAGUCCUUCGUGGAAUCAAGACGGGCAUAAACUCAAAAAUAUUGGUUAUCGUCUCUUUUGUCACCCGAUUCAUAGUGGGAGAGUAAUUAUGGAUAAGGUUAGAAGCAACAAAUCGCCAGUGCAGUUUUGGUUUCGAAAAAAAUUCCCCAGAAUUGCUCUAUGCUGUUUUUGUGAAACUGGAGAGCUGUUACACAACGUGGUGCUGGAUUUCAAGUUGAAUGUACUCAUCAAUGGCACUAAGCAACUCUCUACUUCAUGUGAAUACAUAUAUUAUACAAAAAGAAAGAUGCACCAAAAGCUUUGUUGUGAUCUACAAUGCAAUAAGGAGGGUAUAUUCUCAGAGAAUGAGUGGAACCAUGUGGAGAUUUUAUGUGAGAUUGAACAUCACAUGCAAUGCCAUUCUGAAAAUGCCGUGGACGACCGCGACUGGAACACUAAGAGGAUUCUCAAGUCGUCUGUCAUACAUGUCUACAGCGAAAGCAAUGAGGAUGAUUUCAAUUUAGUUGAGAAUCCUGAUUUUCCUCUGUCAUCUGAACAAAAAUUUCAAGAGAUGCAAAGAAGACUUAAAAGAUUACAAUUUAUCCAACUCCAUUUUAAUUUCAUUUGAAUGAGCAUGUUACUUGAUUUGUGCUAGAACCACAUGGUAAUUUACAAUGUUUUCCACUGUAAGAUAUGACAGAAAAUUGGGAGCCUACAGUUUCUCGUCCUUUGGACGAGUGUGAAGGAUUGUGAUGGCUACAAUAUUAAUGGUGUUCCAAUGUGUGAAUGCUUGAAAGGUUUUACACCAAAAUUUCAAGCUAUGUUGAAUUUAUCAGAUUGGAGUAGUUAGUGUGUACUGUGUAAGGAGAACGAAGUUAAAUUGUCUCAAUACCUCGUCAUCCUAACUGAGAUAUGUAUUUUUAUAUCUUUUUUUUCUUUCUGAAAUGAAGUAUUUCAAGGGUUGUUUGUUGCUCCAACUCUUUGACGUGUCAGAGUUUGUCUAUUGUACGUGCUUCAUGAUUGGAGGUAGAAACCAAUUUUGGUAUUUGUAUUCUUAAUUCUUAAAAUAUUAUCUUACUUAUGUGUGUAUAUCUAAAUGUUCAGUUCAGGGGAGUUAACAAUGGUUAUCUAAAUAUUAUCUUACCAAUUUUGCAUGGUUAUUUUGGAGUGCUAGCUGAUGCAUUACCAUCUGACAUUUCAGUCAUAUCUGCAUGCUUUGUUGGAAGCAUUACUUGCCUUUAGCAGAUUCAUUAAUACUACAAGGACAAUUGUAUUGCACGGUAGCUCACCAACUGUUUUGUGUAAAUCAUCAAGAGUUUGUUUCCAACGAAAUGAGGGAAGAUCUUUUCCAGUAACAUCAAUGAAGUAAAAUACUCCUAAGGAACCUUUUUAUGACUCUCUAUUCUCAAAUCUUAGAAGAAGAGAACUUCAAGAACUUGUCUUCCAAAGCAAUAACGGUUGGAGUCUAAGAUUUUUGUAGAAAAAAGGACCUAAAGGUGAAAAUGGUGGACAAGAAAGAAGAAAAACCAGAAAAUUAGAGAAGACGAUAAAGUUUUGAGAACAAAGUAAAAAAGUUGAGAUACUUUGAUACAUUAAGUUGUAUCAUACUUAACAAAUAUAUAGAGUCAAACCAUAAGCUUGCUUGUAAGAUUGAACAUAAAAUCUGCAUUAAAUCUACUCUAAACAUUAGGGGAAACUUCAGUGUGCCAUAGGACCAAUCAUAUUUUGACACGUGUCAAGGCUUAUUAAAAUAAUAAAAAAAACAAAAAACAAGUUUAAAUGAAAUAAAAAAAACGCGAUGCAGAAAAACAUGUUCUUUCUCCCUUCCAGCAAACGCGAUCCAGAACCCACCACCGGUUUUCUUCGCCGUCCGCCGCCAUAACCAUCAACCACCACCCUCCACCACACUGUUGAACAUCAAUUUAUCACAGGCCGCCGGCUAUUCACAUCCCUCCUUCUCAUUCUCGUAUUCGAUUGAAUCCAUGUUGUUUUGGUGAAUAAGAUUUUUGGCUUAUCAAGAUGAUUUUUGGUGUGUCAAGGGUUGCAGGAAGGUUGGAUCUGUUUGAAGGAUUUUGAACAAGAAGACUGGACAGCUGCUAUUGGGAAGGAAAGUCUCUAAAGAAGGCUUAGAUCUUGUUAUGUGUAUUCAAUUAAUUCAUUUUUUAUUACAUGUAUAUUAGAUUAAGUCGCUGUCAUGUAAUUUGGAUCUCAAUGUGUAUAUGAAAUUAAGUUUUAUCCAUCAAUGAAAUCAUUUUUUUUU